UGUCCCCGCCGGCACCGCCCGGUCCCGGCAGCUGGUGCGGCUGUUUACAGGUCAGACGGGUUGCGUCGGUCUGCGAAGAAAAGUGCAAGAGCUGCCCCUGCUGUCACCUUUGGAAGUGCCACUCCUGUUGCCACUUUGCAGCUUUCUUUCCCUCUGUGUGAAACCCCAUCUGAGGACACCUGCAAAGAUGUGGCCGCUUUGGGGACUGGACCUGAACCGUGUCCGCUGUGACCUGCUCUUCACAGAAGCCAUCAACCAAAGGAUGCAGGUUCCCAACAGGCUGAAGGUGGCAGAGAGCAGCAGCCCUGGGGACAGGAGGACAGUGGCAGAGGACGUCCCUGCAUCCUUCCGGAUGCACAUCCCUGAUAGGAUUUCUCUGGCAGAGAUACCAGACACCAGUUUGAGGCCAAUCCUGUUGACCCAGCCAAAGAAGGUCCCCCCUGUUGUGGUGCACGUGUCCCCAGACCCCUCUGGGGACCUCCCUUUCCUGCCCUCAGCCAGCAGAGCCAGCGCCCAGCGACGCAAACGACCGGGCCAUCACAGCAGCAGGUCACGGAGGGACAGGACCCCGAGUGACUGUGCCCAUCUGGCCUUGCACAGCCCAGGACAGCACCAUGAGGGGCUGCAUUCGUAUCCCCUGCCUGCUCCCAGUGCCCCACUCCCCCUCCUCACAGAGGCAGGCAGGAUCUACUCCAUGCAGAACAUCUUCCAGACCAUGUACCUCCUGGGCCAGGUGCUCUUCCACCGAGUCCAGGACUCUCUGCGAGACCCAGCACCGUCCAGCUCCCAGGAGCUCGUCCCUGCUGCAGAGAGCGCCUUGGAGGAGGCCGGGGUGACGGAGGUGGCAGUGAUGAGAAGGCAGCUGGCGAGGAUCUCGGGGCGGCUGCGUGUGCUGGAGGAGCAGUGCCAUGCCUGGAGACAGAAGGAGGCCCUGGUGUACUCCGUGAUGAUCUCUGCCUGCCUCAUCAACACGUGGCUCUGGCUUAGGAGAUGAUGGCCUGUGCCCAGCCUCCCCUGCUCACCCUGGCACGGUGGGUGAGGGCAGGGAGAGGAGCAUUUCUCGUGUGCUUGCCAGCAGUGGAGCUCUUUUUUUUCUUGACUGGGACUCCUUUUUGCACUGUGGGCCCUCAGGAAUCUGUGUCCUUCAGGCCAUGAUGACAGUGAAGGUGUGAGAAGCUGCUGCAAAGGGCUGGGUGGUGGCUGACACAGGAGGUGUCUGUUCUGUGCAGCUGCCUUCAGGCUGCCAGAGGAGAUGCAAACCCGAGGUGUUGGGUGUUUGUGGACGUGGGGUCCUGUUACAGCCAUAGCCUGUGGUGGGCCCGGUCCCCUGGCCACAUCCCACCUUGGAGAUCUCAACUCUGACCCCUUAAAAGUUCUCAGCUGACUGCUGUGGUCUAUUCCUCAUCUUCUGUAGAGUGACUGAGUGUUUCUAAACUGCCUCUGGGUUUUCUUUUCUUCCUUGUGCAGCUGCUGUUUGGUGGAGGUGACACUGCCAGGUCUCCUGUGCCACAGCCCCUCUUCCAGGAGUGGAGCUGGAGGGGCCAGGAGCUCCCAUCCCUGCAGCCACAGCAGCUUUGCAGAUGCUCAGAUCCAAAGUGGCUGUAAGAGCCUUGCUGACAUCUGGGCUUAUCCAGGGGCUUGGUUCUUUCCCAGAGAGAUUUACGUGGGAAACCUCCCCAUGGUGGCUCUCUGGAUUGUAAAACCCCAUAUCAACAGGGAUAGCACCAAACAGGUGAGGGAAAAUAGGUAUUUGUUAGGCUUCCCGUGGCAGAGGGGUGUGGAGGGGUCUCUCCCAGGUCUUGCUGCCAAGCUGAAACUUCAGUGAUGGUGCAAGAACAUGGGUGAGGGAAAUUCCUGACCCAGAUGCUCUUUAGCUGUAAACAAGCUCAGUUUAACAGCUCUUCUGUUUGUUUCCUUCUCUAGAGUUUAGUAAGACUUGGUUCUGAGGUGACUUUGAGAUGUUUCUGGUGGUUCAUCCAGUACAUCUGCUGGAGUUGUGCAUGCAGGCCCUGGGGGCAGGUUUUGGCAAGGCUUAACAGAACCUCUCUGUGUCACCUAUACCUAAUUAUAGCUGGAUCUACAUGUCAUCCAGAUGUCCCAAUAGCUUGUUUACAGACAUCAGUGCUCAGGUGUUUUCUGCCUGACACCGCAUCAAGCGUCCGUGACUGUAAAUCUGGCAGCUGGACAGUGAUUAAUAAAUAACUGUCCCAAAGUAAUUGCAGGUCUGAACCUGUGGCUGAUUGCUGAGCUGAGGAGAGCGCUGGGAUUUAUUGCAGACGAGAGCCAGGGUGGUGAGUGGGCUUGGUGUGCUGUGCUGUGCCAGGGGGGAUGUGCAGGACGGGUGGCUCCUGUGGCUUGUGGCUCAGGGAUGGGGUCAGGGUCGCCAGAGGACCUUACACAAUUGUUAUGUAUAAGGGGGUGGGAGUCGUGCCAGGAAAUGAGGUAAACUGUCUGCUUUCUCUCCUUUGAGAGGUGUUAACGUGUUUUGGAGGAAGCUUGUGUUUGGGGUUUAUUUUAAGCUGUAUUUUAGGGUGAGAAGGGAUGACUUUGGGAGGGCACACCACCUUCAAAGUGUAGCUUGAAGGUGUUUGGAGGAGAGGUGGUCAAACUGGAUGUGUUCUCAUGGGCUAGUUCCUGGUAGGUUCUGGAAGAUAUGACUUCUAUGUAAGGUGUAAAUUCCGGUGUAAAUCUGGAAACACUGAGCACAAAAUGCAUAUUUUAAUAAACUCUGUGUGUUCUGGACAUGUUUCUUUUCUGUGGAGUCUGAUCCUGAUGUCGCAGUAAGUGGGAACAGGUAAAGUUUGGCAGCAGGACUGUGACCUGUGGGUGUCUGAGCCCCAACUGCCCUGGCUGAGGGGGAAUCUUGAGUAAAA